CGCGGCAAGAUGCAGCUGUUAGAGGUAAGUUUAGUUGAUUGUAUAAUAGCUGAUAGCAGCUGGACUCGGCCACUUUUCGAAAGUUAACGCCAUCUCUGUAACAUAUGUUGUACUAAUAUAGACAAAGAGUUGUACCUAUUUCAAAUCAACUCUGUUCGUUUGAUUGUCAAACAUUUGUAAUAAUUACCAUUAAAAUAAUAAUAAUAAAAUCAUAUCAGAUGAAGCAUCAAUCACAAUCCAUUAAAAGCAAACGGUAAACCAAUAUUUUAAAAUGGAAAAGACUAAAAUAAAUUAUUAUGCAUAUAAAAUGCAUAAGAUAUUUAUGGCUAAGUUGUAAAACAACAACAAACAAAACGGAAAAUUUACUGGCGAUAAGCAAUACAAUAUUCUGGGUGGGUUAGUGGGCAAUAAUCUCAGAAGAUGUUUUAUCUGUGUCUAUUCAGUCUAUUGACUAUUCCCAGUUCUAUAGUCUAUUCCAUCAAAAUUCAUCAAAUCAAACGGAUCAAACACGUACACCCCAAGUUUUUACUCGUGUCUAUUACAGCUAAUUAAGUUUUAAGUGGUUUAGCAUAAUAUUGUGUACUGGUUUGUUCACAAAAAUAUGCCUCGUAAACCGUGUUAUUGGACGCGUAAAUUAGAAUUAGAAUUAGUCGCGUUCGUUCACCAAAGAGAUUACAUAUGGCGGCCGGUUGGGAACACGAAUCAUCAUAUUCAGCAGAAAUACAAAGCUUACGCGGAGUUUGCAGCCAGGUUGGGACGAGGAUUUACAGCGCGGUCAGUUCGCGACCGUUGGGUGAAUAUAAGAAGUACAUUCAAUCACAACUUACGAAGAGUUGAAAGAUCCAAAUUGAAAGCCAAAAGUGUCGAUGAGGUUUAUGUACCCUGCUGGCCAUUGUGGAAACCUCUACAAUUUUUAAGAGAGGUCUACAAAAAGGAGGAUUUAAAUUAUGAGACCUAUCAAACUGUCCCAGGCAUUUAUAAAGAAUUAACAAACAAUUUAAAUCUCAAAGAAGAACAAAACUCUGAAGUUGAAAUUGAUUUAGAACUUAAUAUUCGACAAAGAGGUCAGCGAACAAAUAGACCUCGUCAUAAAACUGGUAUUCUGCAAAAGACAAAAAAAGCAUCUGAGUGUAAACAAGUUUUGGAUGAUCUGUUACAUGCUAUGAAACCUUUAGAUAUCCAACCUCUACCAGACAUGGAAUACUGGUUUUUUGGAAAGCAUAUCACUGAAAGAUUAAAUGCUAUGCGAACUAUUGAUGCAGAGGCCGCAUCAACUGAAAUCAUAAAUCUUUUAAAUAGUUCGCUGUCAACUGAACCAACUUAGUUUGCUUAAAUAUUUUCUUCUGGAUGCUGGUAUAAAACAAAAUGAAGUUUAAUGCUGACAUAUCUGCUAUUGAAGUAGAUAUAUUGAGAGUCUGAAGCGGCUAAAUUGGUUGAUUUGUUUGAUGUUUUAAAACAUUGUUGGUGUGGUUGAUUUGAUAUCAUUAUUGUUGCUUGUCUUUUGAGCUUGUGUGAUAGUUCUGAGUUCAAAAUAAGUAAUAGGUUAUGUAAAAAACAAAUAAAAAGUAUUUGUUUAUAUUUUGAUUCCAAAGUGAAUGUGAAAUUCAGUCAACAGCUUAAGAUUUCCCAAAAAAGAAUGUUUUACUUACUUACUUACUUAAAUCAGUCGAAGAAAUACUUAUAAAUAUACUUCGAAGGCAACUGUGCGUUUGGCUGGGUCCUGUGUCCUUUGGUUGUUGUGUCAUGUCACCAAUGUCAUUUGUCUAUUCAAACUUUGUUUAAUAGAGGUAAAAAUCAAUAUUCUGCUAUUGGUCAAACAUGGUUGUAUGUUGAUUUAUUCUGCAGUUGUUAAUUUGAUUUUUAAAUACUAAAAGUCAGAAACUCUUAGCAACAUUUCGAAUAUAAAGUGUUAUUAGGUGUCUUAAGACUCUUCAUUACAAGCAAAAGGAAGUCAAGGAUGAAAUCAAAAGUUUUUUAUUCAUAUUAAGUUAACUAUUAUAAAAACACUUGAAAUAUUUUAAUAUCAAAUAACACUUAAAUAGAGGUCUUUUUUUUUAAUCGGCGUAUAGACGGACUUCCCUAGCUAUUUGAGGUAAGUCCGUUAAGUGGUCAUCUUACAUUAAAUUUGAAUGAUCUUA